AGAAACUUCACCAUAUCUCAAAAUCUAUCCCUAGCUCCUCUAUUUGAAAAACUUUCUGAAGCUUUUUCCAUAAUUUUAUCGAACCAUGGCCGCGAAGAAAGCUGUGUUGCAAUUGAGUAUUCAUCACGAGGAGAGAACAAGGAAGAAGGUGUUUGUGACCGUUUCUCGAUUUCCUGGUGUAACUUCGAUAACAAUAGAUGACAAAGCAGGGAAACUGACGGUAGUUGGAGAAAUUGAUGUAUCGGUUAUAGUGAUGAAGCUAAGGAAGCUAUGUAACGCAGAGAUUGUUUCGGUAGAUGAUGUUAAACCACCUGAGAAAAAGCCUGAACCGGAGAAACCGGCUCCGGUUAUUUCAUAUCCAUUUGUGAUGAACUCCCCGUACUCAUACAAUCCUGCAUGUGCCUAUGCAGAUCCUUACUAUCAUCAACCCAAUACUUGUGUGAUUAUGUGAUUUUUCUAUAGAGUUCUUUCAAAUAUUGUUAAUUUAUAUUAAUAUUUAGGUUCUGAAUAGUAAGUUAGUAACGUGCUGAACAA